CUGCAGUCGGGGUUAGCGAAGGAAAAGACCUCCAAGUUCAACUGGAAAGUUUGCUUCUCAGUUACCUUGGGCAAAGGAAAGUUUUAAAAAGGCCUCGGGGCAUUUUCCCGGACCCCAGGAGUGGUCAACUGUUUAAAGCCAGCCAAUAAAGGGGAGGAGUUAAGAUGAGUCCCUCCCCUUCUCCCGGGAACUUUUAUUAUUCCAAACGUGAUCCAGGCUAGAGUUUGAACAGCAAGGAGAAGCUGCUCGCCCCGAACUUUCCCAAUGGUUUCGGUGACCAGAACCACGUUUGGAGAGCUGCCCUCGGGGGGAGGGACAGUGGAGAAGUUCCAGCUUCUGUCAGACCAGCUGAGUGUGGACAUCAUCUCCUGGGGCUGCACGAUCACUGCUCUGCAAGUCAAAGACAAGCAGGGGAAAGCCUCAGACGUGGUGCUUGGCUUUGCCGAGUUGGAAGGUUACCUCCAGAAGCAGCCCUACUUUGGAGCAGUGGUUGGGAGGGUAGCCAAUCGAAUAGCCAAAGGAAGAUUCACCAUAGGUGGGAAGGAGUACCACCUGCCCAUCAACAGAGAGCCCAACAGUCUCCAUGGCGGAUUCACGGGCUUUGAUAAGGUCCUCUGGACCCCUCAGGUGUUGUCCAAUGGCGUCCAGUUCUCUCGAGUCAGUCCGGAUGGUGAGGAAGGCUACCCUGGAGAGUUGAAAGUCUGGGUGACGUACACCCUGGAGGGCGGAGAGCUUGUGAUCAACUACAGAGCACAGGCCAGCCAGACCACUCCGGUGAAUCUGACCAACCAUUCUUAUUUCAACCUAGCAGGCCAGGGCUCCCCAAAUAUAUAUGACCACGAAGUGACCAUUGCAGCAGAUGCGUAUUUGCCUGUGGAUGAAACUCUGAUUCCAACAGGAGUCAUUGCUCCAGUGGAAGGAACUGCCUUCGACCUGAGAAAGCCCGUGGAGCUUGGAAAACACAUGCAGGGUCACCACAUCCAUGGUUUCGACCAUAAUUUCUGUCUGAAGGAGUCAAAAGAAAAGAAGUUUUGUGCAAGGGUGCACCAUGCUGUAAGUGGGAGGACCCUGGAAGUAUAUACCACCCAGCCUGGCGUCCAGUUUUACACAGGAAACUUCUUGGAUGGUACUCUGAAAGGCAAGAACGGAGCAGUCUAUCCCAAGCACUCCGGUUUCUGCCUCGAGACCCAGAACUGGCCUGAUGCCGUCAAUCAGCCCCAGUUCCCUCCGGUGCUGCUGAGGCCUGGAGAGGAGUACAACCACACCACCUGGUUCAAGUUCUCGGUUGCUUAAAGAAGACGGACGGCGGGAUCUGUGGUUGGGGCCAGGUUGGUCCCCACUCACCUGCCUCGCUUUAAAAGUAAUCCCUCGUGUUAAGUUGUGCCGUUGGUAGUUGCCAUAGUAAUCAGCCCGAAUACUGAUAUCCAUUCCCAACAGCCUGUGGCCAUGUCUAAAGACCAGCUCUGUUCUCUGUCCAGUGCCAUCACCUAAGGUCUGAUCCUGGUAGAGAAGUGGUCCUCUGGACUCUCCUGAUUUCAUAGGGUCCAUCCCUCCAGCCUGGCUUCACCUUGCCUAUUUUAAGCCUUCCUUUCUUUGACAGAGCUCUGCUUUCCUGCCUCUUCUUUUACCUCAGACUAUCCUCCAGAAGUCUCAACCAGGUCUUGAGUUCAAGCUAUGAGAACUCAGGUCCCCGUCCGUGCCCCUGCCUCAGCCUGCCUGGACAUUCCUAGGGUCACUGAAGGACAAGCGGGUCCUUGGACCUGCUCCGUCAGAGCCUUUCUUCUCAGACUCACCGUAGGAGCUACAGAGAUGGCCAAGCUGUGAAGAGCACACAUUGCUCCUGCCGAGGACUAGAGUCCACCAUGUCAGGCUCUAGGGGAGCAAGCACCCCCUCUAGCCUCUGUGAGACCCACACUCAUGCACAUCCACAUAGCCGCAGCAGUUAAAAAUAAAUCUUAAAAAGUAAAACAAAAAAAAAAUCACGUUAAAAGCCUUAGAGUUGACCUAUCUUUUUAGAGAUGCUAUGAUUUAAAUUGUAAGAUCCAAAUACCCAGAAUAAUUUCAGUUUUCCUGCCUUUAAGGUUAACGGGGAGCUUGGCUAAGGUGUAGCAAGAUGCAGGGGCACAGAAGGCAGGAGCCUCACCAACAGUGCUGAGAGCAUUCAACUUUGCACUAGAAAAUGCUCCCAAGAUGAAAUGGGUGGGGGCUCCUCAUUUCCUCAAAGAUUACGUCACCGCUGAAGUGCCUAGGCUGCUGGUUUUGAAAAACCAUAUGUAGUUUAUGUUAUCUUUGACAGUCAGUUCAAAUAAAACCAAAAAUUUCAUCUUCA